AUGAAUCAUCUGAGCAGUUUGAUUCCCGCGCCUCCAGUGGAAGCCCAAACGCCGCAGAAGAAUGUUCUCGAAGACACUAUCUCCCAAGAGGCUUCCAUCCUUAAAGUCGACGUGAAUCAUCUCAGACGCAAAUAUCGUUUUGUGUCAUGUCGCUUCGAGGAUCUUGUCACGCGAACCGCCGGACAACGUCGCUCAGAGAUGCUUACUGGCCUUCGUGCGACGGAGAAACACGUGAUCCAGACGCUGACUCCUCGCGAUGGUGACGCUCCUGCGCGGGGGGCCUCGCCUCGGCUCUUCGCUCGCGGGCACCCCUCUCGCUGUGACGUCAUCGCCUACCCGUUACGUCAUCGCUGCGUCAUCCUUUUCUCGCUAGAGGACCGACCAAUCGCCUCCCGAGAAAGGAUGCCGUCAUCGCCCCGCGCCGCCAGUGAGCCGCUUAUGAUAAGUGCGUCAUCGACUCGAGCGACCAAUCAGCUACGCCGACAGGACUCGGCGCGGGCAUCAAGGCCGACGGCGCCGCGGCACGGAGCCCCGCGCGGUGAGCAGGUCCGCGAUGACUCACCGGGCGCGUCGGCGGCGGGCGACGGGGCCAAGGAUGCGCUCUUCCCGUUCCAGAAGUCGGGCGAGGCGCCGGACCGCCCGCGGGGCAGCGGCCAGCUGGAGCGAGGGAGAGUGGCGUCGUGCCCGCCGUCCUUCCGCUCGCGCCCGGCCGCCGCGGCGCUCAAGGCCACGGCGCUCCUGAGCCUCCAGAUCACCGGGCUGCGCGUGAGGGCGCGGGACUCGUGGCGCCGCUUCCCGAAGGAGGACAGCGAGAACAGGGCGCGGCGCUACCUCGUGGAGGUGGACGAGUGGCUGGGGACGCGGCCGCGGCCCACGGAAGACCCGCAGGUGCGCCCCUUAAAGAGAAGUAACCCAAUCAGCGACGCUCGCCCCGCCCGCACGCCCGUGGCCGGCCAACGUGACCCGCGGCCGCUCGCACUCGAUCGCCCGAUCAGAAACGGCGAUAUCGCCUCUCGCGGGCCGGGGGCGCCGCCCCUCCAGCCCCGCCCCGCCAGCGCCUCGCGCCUGCCCGCCCGCGAGAGGAGGGAGGCGCGCCCGCUGACGCGCUCCAAGUCCACCCGGGCGACGCGCAGCAAGCGCAGGAAGAAGGACUCGUCAGGAGAGCCCGCGACGCCCAGCCGACGCGCCCAGCGAGGCGGUCCCGCCGCCCCUGCAGCGCCCCCGGCCGCCCACGUCGCCAGGGAGAGGAGCGGGAGCGACGACGCGGCCGCCCUCGCGCCCCCGGGAGCCCAAGGCGCUGCUGCGGGUGACGGUCCGGACGACGCCCGCGGCCGAGCAAGCCGCCACAGGAGCGCCGGAGCCGCCCGCGCCCCGGCGUCCGGCGAGCAGCAGGAGCGGCGAGGGACCUCGGGCCGCUGUGCGCACGUGUCGGGCUCGCUCGAGCAGCACUUGCAAGGCUACACGUGCUUCUCCUCGCCCGAAGGCAUCUCGCUCCUGAUCCAGCGCUGCCCCACCGCGCCCGCCCACGACCCCCCCGCCUCCUGCUGCGACGUGCCCGUCUCCAGCAGCCACAGGUUGCUGCAGAACAUCGCCUGCCAAGUGUCCCACCUGUCGGCCGCGGGGAAGCUCCCCCUGUGA